UCCAACCUGGUCACUCUGUGAAUUCUCUGAAAGGGGCUGUUCAAAGUCAGGCUUCUGACCUCCCAGCAGGCAGGGGACAGCUGAACUUGUCCCGCAUUAAGAAGGAAAUCCUGUGGGCUGGAAAAGAUGCUAAAAGAAAAAAAAAUCAACAUCAGCCCUAAACCCCCUAAGUGCCACUGUCUGUUACUGCUUCCAGAGCUUUGCUAUGGAUUUUAACCAUUUUUAGGGGUGGUGACUGCACCCAUCUGAACGCUGCCCUCCAUCCCUGGAGGGGCCAUUCCCAACAGCGCAUCCCAAGAAAUCCCCCUUGUGCUGAGGAUGAGGGGCCAGCCCUGCUCGGCCCCGCGCCUUGGGAAGGCGCUGGAGGGGCCGCGCUGGCUCCGGCUUACGUAAGCUUUAAUCUAAAGUUGGAGAUGUUUUGAGCUGAUCUGUGUUAAUGUUGGGAGGAAUUAACAUGCAUACGGGGAGACCACGUGAUGCCCUCCGACCUCCCCCUUUUUUUUUUUCCCAUUUUUUUCCCCCCCAUCACUUUAACGGAUUCCUGCCAAAUCAGAGUGGCCGAGGCCGGGCAGGGCCGGGCUGGCACCGCCGGCAAGAUGCCCGCGGUCUCCAUCCUUUACAAGGGAGCCAUCAUCAUCAGCAGGACACUCAUGGGACCGUACGGGAUGGACCGAACCGUGCACUGCUUCGACUUCUACGAGUGUGCAAACGGGCUGGGCAUUAAGGUCAUCGGUGGCAUCAAGGAACUCACUGGAGAAGAAUAUGGAGUUUAUGUCAAGAGGAUCCUUCCAGGGGGUGUUGCUUAUGCAGAUGGGCGCCUGCAGCCAGGAGACCAGAUCCUGGAGGUCAAUGGAGAUUCCCUAAUUGGGGUUACGAGUGAGAGAGCCGUGGACAUCCUGAGGACGGCGUCGGCCACCAGCCACAUGCGCCUCCUGAUAGCCCGCGAUGACAACGCCAGGAGAGAGUUCUCUGAGCUGCUGGAGAAGUUUGGCUCACAGAGCAACACAGGCUCAGCGCGGAGCUCGCCGGUCCUGCACGGUGGCAGUCGAUACCUGGAGAGCACCUCCUCGGGCUCGUCCUCACGCUCCCAGAGCCCGCUGCUGCUGAGCCCUGCCAACUCCCAUGGCCCCUUCCUCGGGAGCCUGGCGCACGCUCCUCACGCACACUACUCCAUUGACUCAGGAAUCCAGAGCAUUUCUGUAGCAAACUCCUCUGGCUUGGGGCUGACAAUCAGUGGUGGAUCCAACAGGCCUGACGGGCCCAUGAUUUAUGUCCAAGAGCUUUUGCCAGAUGGGGACUGUUACAAAGAUGGUCGGCUCCGACCUGGAGACCAACUCAUCGCUAUCAACAGAGAUUCUCUGGUGGGCAGCACUCAUGAGGAGGCCAGAAAAAUAAUUGAAAAAGCCAAAUUCAGACACGAGGGAAGCACAGAAGUGGCCUUUAUCCCUGGGAGGGGAUGGUUACAUCCAGGACUGUCAGUUCACAACAACAGCCCAUCCCCACCUCCAAAGGCCGUGGGAAACGGCCUGAGCUCCUGCAGGCUGAAGGUCCACGUGAGGUCCCCAGAGAAUAGACGUGAAAAUCCUUUUCCUGUGCCUUCUUUGUCUCCGGACAUUUGCCCACCAGAGCUUACAGUCUCAGCGCCUGCUUCAGCUUCUAACUACAAAGCAGCUUCAGGCACCAAGCCUAAAGUAGCACUGGAUCCCCAUAUCCGGCUCAAGGAUGGGAAACUGGAACUGGUUCUGCAGUACCUUGGUCUGGAUGCGACCGAGGAGAAGAAGAGGCAGCUCCGGCAAAGCCUGACCACGGACUCGCAGGGGACUGUGGCCUAUGGAGAUGUUCUCCAAGCACUCAGGGAUCUGAUGCAGGAGGAGCUGGACAAGGCUGGUCUGGAUUCCAGCUCUGUGCUCUUCACUCAGCAUGAAGUGGCCAACUUGCUGGAUACAUCAGCUUUUCACUCCCUGACCUUUGACUCUCCCACGUGCAAUGGCAGCGAGGACCUGGAGCAGCUGCAGCUGGAGAUGAGGGAUCUGCGGCACGAAGUCCGCAGGCUGAAGUCUCUCCUGAGAGAAGUGGAGAGCAGCAAGAAGUCAAUGGAGGAUGAGCUUCAGAGGCUGAACCAAAAGGCGCUGGGGUUCCUGUCGGAGAACCGGACCCUGCACAGCAAACUGCAGAUGGCCGAGGUGGUGCAGAGACAGGCCCACAGCGCCGAGCAGGACUACGAGGAAGUGAUCCACCUGCUGGAGGCUGAAAUUGCAGAACUGAAGAUGCAGCUGGCGGGGAAAAAAGCAAAGCACAUCUCUGAAAUAGAGGAGGACAUCCUGGAGCUGAAGAGGCAGCUGUCCCUGGCUGAUGGCCAGCUACGAAAAUCCGAAGUCUCACGGAAGCGCCUGGAGAUCUGCAAUAGGAAACUGCUCCUGUUUGUGCAGAACAUUUACAAGGUCCUGAGCACACACAGUCAUUUACCAGAUGAGAAAAGCGUCAACCAUGAAACAGAAGAGGAUAAAACAGAUGCAGUCUCAGACACAUCUCUUCCACCUUCAGAUCUUGUUGACCUUUUGCUGUCAGAAGCUAAAGAACUGUUAGCACCAAUCCUCUCCAACAAGGACGCUCUGCCAUGGGACAGGGACCAGUGCCUGCCUGCUGAAGGAAUCCCAAAUUACAAGGAACAGUCUAGAAGAGGCCUCCAGAUGGCCAUGACAGAGAAACACUGUGAAAUUCCUAGACAGAAAGAGACUUCCAGCCCUGCAUGCCACCUUCAUCAGAAGACCACGUGGCCCCCUCCUGCAGGCCAGACCAAGAGUGACCAACCACAGCCACCAAGCCCAACGGAACUGCCUGAGAAGUCGACAUAAAUAUCCCAUGGCUUGGUGGUGCUCUGAACCAUGGCCAUCCAUGCCAUGGCAGAUGGGAAAGACACCCCCCAGGCACCUCAGCUUCCAGGCCAAGCCGACUGAGAACAAGCUUUCUGAUACAAGGAUCAUUCUUCCUAACUAUCCAAGACUUUUUCAGCAACCUCCCCUGCGCGUCUACCUCCGAGUUAUCAUACAAGGCUUUUUGCUCACGGUUUUGCAGCUUUAUAGGAAAAAUAUUCUCAUGAGGCUACAGAGGCCUGGAUUUCUGUGGCAGCCUUUUAGAGCUUGUAUUCCGGGUAGCAUGAAUGUACCUGAGGGACUCAGGGGUCUCCAACAGAUCCCUUUUGGUAUUUCAGAUGAAAAACCAAAGUCUAUUUAGUGACUGUAAUCAAAGCAGCUUAAUCCCUAGUGUCCUAGUUGUCUUGGGAUAGGUACUUCUCUUUUUAUUCUUUUUGUAUAGCUUAUCCCAGCUGCAGUGCUUGGAGUGGGAAGCAACACCUUAGGCAGUUGUUGUCCAGAGUGCAGGACAGCCAGCAGGGUGCUCUGGUCACAGCGUGGACAGCGAGCCCUCCCUGGAACGCGGGGCACGACAUAGUGGGAAUAGUGAACAUAGCUCAGUAAAGGUCCCUGGUGUCACUGGGAAAUGAGAUCCACGUGAUGCAAGACUGAGACAGCAGUGGAUGGGGAUCAGAUCUGAGAUGGGCAGAGUUCUGGAAAAUAAAAUGGAAACACUCCUCACAAGGAAUUUGCUCUCUGGGUUCUGAUUGCAGCUGCUGCGUUCAGCGUCUCACAGACAAAGACACAGUCUGAGACCAUUUUUCCUCUCUCUUAUUUUGGCAGCUCCUGGGGAGAUGCAUUGAGAAGUUGCAGCAAAAUGGGGUACAAUCUGGCUUUUACAAAUAAUUUGUUAAGAUUACUUCAAAUCUUCUUUGUGGGGGUUCAAAGCAUGUGGAUCCUUUAUUGUCUAAAUUAAAGGCUUAGGCAAAAUAAUGACCCUCACCAGCAUCUCCUGCACUCGAGGUAUCACUGCACUGCUAAACCAGCAAGUGUGUGGUGGAAUAUAUCACAUAAAUAACCAGUCUGAAAUUUUGGGUAAGCUUAAUUUCAUAGCUUGGGGUAAAUUAAAUCUGGGGAGUGCAUACCUCAGAAUAUAAAUUAAAGGACUUCUUUUAAAAGGAGACAUAAUCCUUUGGACUGCUGACAAGGAAUGUUCCCAGGAAGGAGAAAAUAUUCAUCUUGGGAUAUCCUGUUUGA